AUGACCAUGACGCUCGACACUACUCAGCAGCGGUUCGGCCCUUCGUUGAAUUUCGACUAUUCAGCCCCGGCACAACCUCCUGCUUUCUCGAAUCCAUGGUCGUCGUCGUCGCCCCCUCAGCCUCCUCCUGCUGGUGGUGGUCUCUUUGUCGGCAGCCAGCAGCCUCUCAACCCCAACAUGAUGGCCGGCAAGCCUCACCAGCACAGCCGCGCGAGCACCAGCAGCGCAUCAUCAAUGGCAUCCUACGGUAACUCAAUGCCAGUUGCGAGCACCUCUGCAGAUCUCCUCACCCUCAACCGCAUGCAAACAACGUCUGCCGCAUAUGGUGACCCGACUUACACAACAUCCGCCUCACCUGUGAGCGGCCAAUUCGCGCCCACGUCGGCUGCCCCUUACGAGACUAUGGGUUAUGCCCCAGCUCCCGUGCGACCGCCGCCCUUUGGGCUUGCUCCUGACAACGACCAUGCCAGGAGGUUCUCUCAGCAAAGUAUCCAGGAUGAACGGAGGAGUUUUGCCGACGCUCUCGAUGCCAGCCAUGGCAUGCUGGCCAUGAGCCAGGAGACCCCUCGAAACAUCUAUGGGGCCCGAAGUGAUCGUUCCUCCGUUGAUUCCUAUGGAUUCCCCUCUACCCACUCUACCAGUUCCUCCAUCUCCUCCAGUGGCAACUUUAGCUCGUACUAUGGCGACUCGGUGUCAGAUUACUCUACCGCAGGCUCUGAUAUUGAGUCGGUGAACUCGAGGACGCUGCCCCGGCCCCAGGGCCUCAUGGCCUCUCAGAUUCCUCCCGCUCCCCAGUCCAUGAUGGGCCAGUUCAGCUCCAAGGUCUCGUCGAGCACUCAGAAGAAGCACAAGUGCAAGGUCUGCGACAAGCGAUUCACGCGACCCAGCUCUCUGCAGACUCACAUGUACAGCCACACAGGCGAGAAGCCCUUUGCAUGCGAAGUCGAGGGCUGCGGCCGACACUUUUCAGUCGUGUCUAACCUCCGCCGACACCGCAAGGUUCAUCGGGGCGACGCUCGCUCUGAGGCCGGCUCUGAGGAUCACCACUCGGACUGA